UUCAUUCAGACUUUAACCUUAUAAAAUUUAAGAAGAAGUCAUACUAAAUUGAAAAAAACAACGAAGUGACAGUGAGUUUUAUAAGUGUGGCCGAAGACAACCGCACUUUUUGUGAACUACGCUCGAUACUGCUUAUGUGAUUCCCAUAAAGUGAUGUCUCUUUACAAUUAAAGCAUAGGAAACUUGUCAAACAUGUCGUUGUUUAGAAAACCUAAAAGAAUUCAAAGACGCGUGUUUUGCGUUGAUGACGAUGACGACGGUGAACCUGAGCCGCCGCCACCGCCGGUCAUCAGCCACGCCAAGAAGGAGAACAAACCAGUCAAGAGCACUCCACUCCUAAGUUUUGCUGACGAAGAGGAAGAUGGCGAAGUGUUUAUUGUGAAGAAGUCAUCACAAAGCAAGAGACUAGCCAAGCGCCGCGACCGCGAGAAACGACGCGCCAAUGAUAGUGAUAAUAACAAAUAUGACAACCACAGCAACAAUGAGGAAAAGGAUUCACCGGUCAGUGCUGAAAAACAAGAAAACACAAAGACAAAAAAGAAGAAAGCUAGUUUGGAAGGGCUAAUACUGUCCGGGAGGGAAGCGCUGGCGGCCGAGGGCUUAGGCGACGUGUCGGGCAGCGAGGAGGAGGCGGAGGAGCCGGAGGAGGAUAACAGGGGGUUCCACCGGUACCGCGCCGAGUCCGUGCGCGCGGCGCUGGCUGUGGCGCCCGGACACAUCCCCGACGCCGCGCUCAUCCACGCGGCGCGCAAGACGAGACAGCAGGCGCGCGAGUGCGGCGACGUGAUCCCCCUGGCGUCGGAGGCGGCGCCGGGCUCGCGGCUGCAGCGCGCCGACUCGGGCGACGACGACGACGAGGGCCGCCUGCUCGUGCGCGGCCUCGACCUGCCCAGCGACAAGCCCAAGCGCGGCACGGCGGCGGCGUCGGCGGACUCUGAGCUGGACAGCGAGGGCGAGGAGUGGGCCGCGCAGCAGCUCAACAAGGCGCGCGGCGCGCUCGGCGACGCAGCAGAGGGCGGCGAGGCGGGGCUGAACCCGUUCGCGGUGGCGCCGCCGCCGCCGCGGCUGGCGGAGGCGCCGGCGCACCUGCGGCCGCUCGCGGCGCACGCGCAGCCGCCGCCCGCCACGCCGCAGGCACUGCUCGACGCGCUCACCGACAGGUUGCAAGAGUUGGAGACGGACCGGGGUGAGACCCAGGCGAAGAAGGAGUGGUGUGCGGCGCGGCUGGAGGCGGCGGCGGCGGCGCGCGCGGCGUGCGGCGCGCGCACCGGCGCGCUCGACGCCGCCUACCGCCGCGCACAGGCCGCGCGCGGCUUCCUCACCGACCUCAUCGAGUGCCUAGACGAGAAGCUGCCACUACUGGAGGCGCUAGAGGCGCGCGCGCUGGCGCUGCACCGCCGCCGCUGCGAGUUCCUCACCGAGCGGCGCCGCGCCGACGUGCAGGACCAGGCGCUGGACACGCUCGCGCCCGCUCGUGCGGGAGCGCUGAAGCCGGCCGACUCGGAGGAGAAGAUCCGGCGCACGGCGGAGCGCGAGGGCCGGCGGCGCGCGCGGCGACUGAAGCGCGAGGCGGCGGCGGCGGCGGCCGGCGCGCCCCCGCCGCGCUCGCACCGCGACGGCGACUCCAGCGACGACGACCUGCCGCCCAGCGAGGACCACUACUACCGCCAGGAGAAAGAGAGUAUCCGCGCGGCGGCGGCGGCGGUGUUCGCGGACGCGCUGCCGGCGUGGCGCAGCGCGCGCGGCGUGUGCGCGCGGCUGGCGCGCUGGCGCCGCCGCGACCCCGCGCUCUACGCCGACGCCUACGUCGCCGACUGCCUGCCCAAGCUGCUCGCGCCCUACGUCAGGCACCAGCUUAUUCUUUGGAAUCCACUAGCAGAUGAGGACAAUGACGACUAUGAAAGGAUGGACUGGUACAAAUGGCUAAUGAUGUACGGAGUUCGGAACGAGAAGCUGUCGAGCGAGUCCGAGCAGUCGAGCGAGGAGGAGAGCGGCGGCGGGGGCGGGGGCGGGGCGGGGGCCGUGAGCGAGGACGGCGUGCGCGCCGACCCCGACCUCAUGCUCGUGCCCGCCGUCGUGUGCGGCGUCGUGCUGCCCAAGCUCGCAGAGCUGGUGGAGGCGGCGUGGGAGCCGGUGUGCGUGCGCGCAUGCGUGCGUCUGCGGCAGCUGCUGGUGCGCGCGUGCGCGCUGCCCGGCGCGGCGGCGGCCGCGGCGCGCGUGGCGGCGGCGGCGCGCGCCCGCCUGCAGCGCGCGCUCAACGCCGACGUCUUCCUGCCGCCGCUGCCCAACAACCAGGCUCUGGACGGGCCGAGCGGCGCGUUCUGGCGGCGCUGCCUGGGCGCGGGCGUGCGGCUGCUGCGCGCCGCGCUGGCGCUCACGUCGCCACCGCCGCUGCUGCGCGCCGACGACGUCGCGCUCUCGCUCAUAGAGACGCUGAGCACGGCAGCGGGCGCGUGCGCGGGUCCGGCGGCGGCGGCGGCGGCCGCGGCGCUGGCCGAGACGCUGCCGCGCGGCGCGGGCGAGCUGCGCGCGCGCGCUGCGCCGCCUCGCGCGCCUCGCCGCGCUGGCGCUCGACCGCCUCGACCAGGCCAACCCGCUACACAUGAAAGCCGUGGAACAAGCCAAAGCGGUGAUAGCAGAGGCCAAGACGCUCGAGUGACGGCGGGCGCCCUCGGCCGCCUCCGCUGCGUGCACGUAGGAGGCUCGCGGACCACGCGCUUUCACACUACGAACAAUCAAUCAGUUCUACGUGUAAAUGUGACUACUUGUUAUCGUAAAUCGCGCCGCUUUUAAAUAAUCAGAUGCAGACUAGGUCUACCAGUCUAGAUGAUAGCCCAAGUCUGCAUCUGCGGUUGGUAAUGUCAUUUCCUUGUAAUGGUGAAAAUGAAAACAUGAAUUAUCAUUUAUCUGUAGUUUUCCCCAUACUGCCCCAUAGUGUUCCACUUAUGGGUCACUAAGAUACGAUCGGAUACGCACCGAUCAUAUUAAUAAUAGUAUUAUCUAGGAGACAGAGCUUCGUAAAAAUGCGCGUGUCCACAGAUAAGCCUUAGCCAGAUCGUUUUUUUGCCUGCGAAAACCUCCAUAUAGCAAUUUCAAUUCCAUUCGUUGUUAGAGGUUCCUGUCAUAUGUAAAUAUUAUAUACCUAUGUAUACAAUAAUUGCUCGUAAUGAAGAUAUUUGAUUUGUCCGAGUUUUGCAGUGUGACUAUUUGAAGACAAGAAUUCAAAAGGCGUGUUUGUCGUAUCUCAGUGACACAAACGAGGGGUGCUUGUGUGGACAGUCCGUCAUUGACAAUCAACUGUGAAACAUAUGCUUCAAUCAGCCCUUAAUUAGCCAUAAUAACUUCUUACCAACCGGCUCAGUUAAAUGGCAGACCUAUCGUUACGAAUUGUAAAACAUAAUAAUCGUAUCGAUGUCUUAAAUUGUGACAUUUGACUACAUGAUGUAUAGUUGUAUACUGCUUGCGUAAUCCACGUAUUAGGACAUAGUGUAUGUAUAAAUAAAUGAAAUAUUUGACCUGUC